AUGGACCGCUUUUACAGCGACAAAGACUCAGUCAUCGAAGCCCUCCCGCCGCGGCGUCCAGAGCCUCCGCCACUAGUACACACAUUGUACGAAGAACUCACUGGAACUUGGCAAUAUGUCGUCGCCGAUCCCGUCUCGCGGCACAGCGUCAUCAUAGACCCUCACCUCGACUCCACCGCUUCCACCGCCAGCACCGAGAUCUCCACCAUCGCUGCCGACCGUGUUCUCAAUGUCGUUCACCAGAAUCGAUACAUAGUCGAUCGCAUCAUCCACACGCAUGAGCCACGCGACCAUCCUUCCUCAGCUUGGUAUAUCCGCACCCAGAUUCUGCAAACCACUGGCCAGGCGCCGCAGGUCAGCAUUGGGAAGAAGAUGGCAGCUGUGCAGCGAGUGUUCAAGCGCAAGUACAGCAUGAACGAUGGCUCGCAAUGGAGAACGGACUUUGAGCACACCUUUUCCGACGGGCAGAUGUUCCCGAUCGGAAAUGUCACUGCGCGAGUGUUGCAUCUGAAUGGUGGAAAUCUGGCGUUUGUCAUCGGACAGCAUGUCUUCGCUGGAACUUCGAGAUUCGACCUCGAAGUGCGCAAUCGCCAUAACGCAUUGGUGGGCGACCUGAGCAAGUACAACGUCUAUACGGCGUACGACAGCCCACCAGCGAGGACCGCGAAACUGGUGCCGAUCCAGGAACCGAGUGAGAGAAGUCGAAAUCCGGUCAAGAAGCUGGUGAUCCGGUAUGCUGCGGAGCAUUGA